UGGCGGCCCCCGUGGCUGCGCCGCGAAGUGGGCGCAGACAUAUUACUGCCAAAUGCCGCUUCCAGAGCCUGCGGUCCUCCUGGGCCACCGUAGAAGGGGCGGGGCCAGGGCAAAAGUUGAAGCCGUUCGCGGAAAUAGCACGUUUGCUCCCUCCUCGUCGGUCUGGGCAAAAAUCCAGGCACUUGUCUUCGCUUUGGCUCAAAUAAACUCAUAAAGAUUCGUUACAAGGCACCAGGAACAAUUGAACCAUGUGAAGCAGGAGGACGCUGCGGGAUUGGUAUCAGCAUUUCCGUGACGCCCCCGACCGCAGGCGGAUUUCUGUACGGAAUACAGAGCAGACCCCAACGCACCAAGAUAGAGCUUCCCUGUUGCCAGCUCUAUUCAGAGAACAGAAGGAAAUGCUCCAGGCUCAGGACGUCACGCCAUUACACAGCACGGUGUUGUUACAGGAACCCCUGACAUUUCACGAUGUGGCCGUGGACUUCACCUGGGAGGAGUGGCAGCUCCUGGGCCCCGAGCAGAAGGACCUGUACAGGGACGUGAUGAUGGAGACCUACAGCCACCUGGUGUCAGUGGCAGGGUAUCAAGCCAGCAAACCCGACGCACUCUCCAAGCUGGAACGAGGGGAAGAACCGUGGGCAGUACAGCGUGGACGCCACUGUCUAGUCUCUCCAGAAUUCAAGAAAGUUGCUGAUCCUUUGAAUUGUCACUUGCAAAGUCAAAGCCUUCAGAAGAAUCUGGGACUAUGCUGUGAAUAUAAUAUGUUUGCAAAUAUUGUCCAUCAGAGUGAAGGUCAUUUCCUAUUAAAGCAAAAUCAUGGUAUGUUUGACAUUCGUGAAAAACCUUUAAAAUCUAAUUUACAUUUUGAAAACCAAAACAGAAGCUGUCAGUUAACUAACUCUGUUGAGUUGAAUGGAGAUGGGACAUGCAUUCUACAUGCUAACAAUGAACAAACUGAAAUGAAAUUUCCUGUCAGUACGAAAAACAUCAGUAAUGAUUCACCGGUUAAUAAGCAACAGAGAAGUCACAACAUAGAGAAAGCCCAUGUGUGCACUGAAUGUGGGAACGCCUUCAUGAAGAUGUCUCAGCUCACUGAUCACCAGAGAGUUCAUACUAGGGAGAAACCUUAUGGAUGCAGUCUGUGUGGGAAAGCCUUCGCCAGAAAAUCCAAGCUCACUAAACAUCAGAAAAUUCAUACAAGACUGAAACAAUACGAAUGCACUGAAUGUGACAAAACCUUCCUCAAGAAAUCACAGUUCAAUAUACACCAGAAAACUCACCUGGGGGAGACACCAUAUGCCUGUCACGAAUGUGGGAAAGUGUUCAUAAAAAAGUGGCAGCUCAUUUAUCAUCUGCAAACUCAUUCAGGGGAGAAACCCCAUGGAUGCCGUCUAUGUGGGAAGUCCUUUUCCACAAAGUCUUAUCUCACUAAACAUGAGAAAACUCAUACAGGAGAGAAACCUUAUAUAUGCAGUGAAUGUGGAAAAGGCUUCAUUGUGAAGUGUCGUCUUAUUGCCCAUCAUCGAACUCAUACUGGAGAGAAACCAUUUAUAUGCAAUGAAUGUGGGAAAGGCUUUACCUUGAUGAACAGUCUUACCACACAUCAGCGAACUCAUACAGGAGAGAAACCCUACCUAUGUAAUGAGUGCGGAAAGGGCUUCACCAGGAAGAGUCUUCUCAUCAAACAUCAGCGAACACAUACAGGGGAGAAGCAGUAUGUGUGUAGUGUAUGUGGAAAAGGCUUCACCAUAAAGAGUAAUCUCACUGUACAUCAGCGAACUCAUACCUUAGAGAAACCGUUUAUUUGCAAUCAAUGUGGGAAAGGCUUCACUGGGAAGAGUUAUCUGAUGGUACAUCAGCGAUCUCACACAGGAGAGAAACCCUACGUGUGCAGUGAAUGUGGGAAAGGCUUCCCGGGAAAGAUGCAGCUCAUUUUACAUCAACGAACUCAUACGGGAGAGAGACCCUACGUGUGCAGUGAAUGUGGAAAAGGUUUCAAAGCGCACAGUCAUCUCAUCAGACAUCUGCGAACACAUACAAGAGAGAAACCCUUUGUUUGUAGUGAAUGUGGAAAAGGCUUUACCAUGAAGACUAAUCUCACUGUACAUCAGCUAAGUCACACUUCAGAGAAACCGUAUAUGUGCAGUGAGUGUGGGAAAGGCUUUGCCGUGAAAAGUCGUCUUAUUGUACAUCAGGGAAUUCACACGGGAGAGAAACCCUAUUCGUGCAGUGUAUGUGGAAAAGGCUUCCCAGCAAAAAGCAAGCUGAUUGCACAUCAACGGAUUCAUACAGGAGAGAAACCUUAUCUAUGUAGUGAAUGUGGGAAGGGUUUCACAGAGAAGUUUAAUCUAAUCAGACAUCAGCGAAAACAUACAGGAGAGAAACCCUUUGUAGUGUAUGUGGAAAAGGCGUCACCAUGAAGAGAAACCCUCUGAGUGUAAUGAAUGUAGGGAAGCCUUCAUGACAAAUUCAGGACUCAAUGAGGAGAGAAGUAGAAUGGGUGCAGCAAUGAUGGGAAAGCUUUUGCCCACUUGUCAGUCCUUGUUAAAACAUGAGAAUUUACAGAUAGUUGCUUUGGGGAAAUCCCUUUUUGUGUUCUCGGCCCUCAAGAAGAUAGUAUGCGCCC